UGCAGUCUGGGGCCCGCAGACACCCAGCCUCUCUGAGUGAACUGACAGCAUGAAGGUCCUCCUGGCCCUGCCACUGUUGCUGCUUCUCUCGACGCCUCCCUGCAUCCCCCAGGCCUCUGGGAUCCGGGGAGAUGCACUGGAGAAGUAUUGCCUUCAGCAACCCCUGGACUGUGAUGACAUCUAUGCCCAAGGCUACCAGGCAGAUGGUGUAUACCUCAUCUAUCCAUCGGGACCCAGCGUGCCGGUGCCUGUCUUUUGUGACAUGACCACCGAGGGCGGCAAGUGGACGGUUUUCCAGAAGAGAUUCAAUGGUUCAGUGAGUUUCUUCCGGGGCUGGAAUGACUACAAGCUGGGUUUUGGCCGAGCGGAUGGGGAGUAUUGGCUGGGUAAGGCAGGGGCCAGGUGGGAGGGGGACUGCCCCACAGCCAGGUCUUUGCUGACCAGCUACCACCUGUCCCUAGGGCUGCAAAACCUGCACCUCCUGACACUGAAGCAGAAGUAUGAGCUGCGAGUGGACUUGGAAGACUUUGAGAACAACACAGCCUAUGCCAAGUACGUGGACUUCUCCAUCUCCCCGAACGCGGUCAGUGCUGAGGAGGACGGCUACACCCUUUACGUGGCAGGCUUCGAGGACGGCGGGGCAGGUGACUCCCUGUCCUACCACAGUGGCCAGAAGUUCUCUACCUUCGACCGGGACCAGGACCUCUUUGUGCAGAACUGCGCAGCCCUCUCCUCCGGAGCCUUCUGGUUCCGCAGCUGCCACUUCGCCAACCUCAACGGCUUCUACCUGGGUGGCUCCCACCUCUCCUAUGCCAAUGGCAUCAACUGGGCCCAGUGGAAGGGCUUCUACUACUCCCUCAAGCGCACCGAGAUGAAAAUCCGCCGGGCCUGAGGGACGGGCCCCGUCUCUCCCCUCCAUGAGUGCCCUCCGUCCCCAUCGCCCAGUGUGUUGCUUCUGCCACUUCCUGAGCACCAGCUUCUCACGGAGGCCUUGCAACUCCCAGCCACAGCUGAUCCCCAUCACACACCUAGAGUGACCAUUUCUAAGCCAGGCUCUGCUCCUGUCCACCUGAGGGUAGGCUUUCAGCAACCCCUUCCCUCCCAAGCCUUUUCUGAGGUACAGCUGUCCCAGCCUGGACCUGGCGGGGUUCCAUGGAACUCUUGAGUUGCCUUCACCCUGUCUCAACAACUGAAGCUAGGCGCCACCUCCCAGGCACUUGCUUUUGCAUUCAUCUUAGCCAGCUUCCUUAGGGUGGGCUGCUCAUCUAAGGCUACCCUUAGACCGAGCAAGCACUCUAUCCAGCACUCUCAGCGUACGUCAGUGACUCCUAUGUGGCCACCACUACACCUCAGCACUCCCUCUGGCUGCUCCCAGAGUUCCUCCCACCCUUGGCCUCCCCCUCACCCACCUACUCAGCUCCCCCAACUGGUGUCCCAAUGCUCAAUGCCAAAACAAUACUCACUACAGCUACUGCACAUCACCCUGCAAUAGCCAUGGGCAAGGUAGGCAUGGAAACGAGGUCCCCCACCUGUCCCAGGGACUGAAGUGUGGCUAUGCAAGGGGGCAGAGAACAAUCUGUGGG